UGACACAUCGCCCUUGGUGUCGGUGAGGGUGUUUGCGGUCCGCGUCCCGCUGCGUCCGAACUAAAGGAAAGGCAACGCAAGUCUCGUGCAACGGACGAUGUAGACGGCCGUCGCUUGCAGAUAGGGCGUUCAGAAAUCGAGAAGCAGUUCUCCCCUUUUUUCACUUUCUGCCGAAGAAGAGAGAGGAGCACUGCCAAAAAGUGAUAAUCGGCGAGGAUGGAGCUGAAGUUGCUGGGGCUGCUGCUGCUGGCAGUCAUCGGCCUCGCAGAGAGUCAAAACGCUUACGAUGACUGGAACUACGAGUACCGCUACGACCUCUAUGACUACGACGAACAUGAAAACGGAGAGACCGAAUCAGAGAAAACGGACCAUGUGAUCACACACUAUGAAAGACCGGAAGACCAGCAACCACCAGUUCACAGGGAGCACGAGGAACAUCAUGACAGCAGCCAUCGAGAACUGCCGGUUUACAGCGAAACGGACCACGAGACCAAAGUGGAGGACGGGGAUUCCGUCUGUGCUCGAACCUGUAAAGUUUCUAACGAAAGUGGCCCCAGCAUCCGGUAUCUUCCCGGCCAUCAGUAUCGGUACCAGUAUGAAGGGCAGGUGGUGAGCCGGGCAAGGGCUGCUGGGAGCGAGGAAUCAAGGAUGUCUGUCAGGGCCUACGUCAUGAUCACGGCCAACACGCCGUGCGAUCUGAAGAUGCAGGUGACGAGUCUGUCCGUGGACGAUGUGCCGCCAAGCGACUCGGCCUGGUUCCGCAACGCCGUCGAGCGCCACGACCUGCACUUCAGCUACCAAGACGGAGAGAUCGAGUACCUGUGUCCCCACGAGGACGAGGACGCCGCCGCCACCAACUUCAAACGGGGCAUCUUGUCGGCUCUACAGGCGUCUGUGAUCAACGUAGAGGACAUGUUUGAGGUGGUGCUGCAAGAGGCCGACGUGGCAGGCGAGUGCGAGACGCGGUAUCAGGUGACCACCAUGAAUGACCUCGUCGUGAACAAGACGAAAGAGAAUUGCCGCAGCAACGCCCACCUUCCGUAUUUGCCUCACGCCCAGUACACCAGUGACAGGAUCAACAGCGAGCUGCCUCUCUUCAGGCGGGACCAGAGCUGCCAGAUGUUCCGCAGCGAGAACGUGUGGGAGCGCGUGGAGUGCGUGGAGGAGGUCCGCGUCGAGGGCCCGUUCCCGUCCCUGCUCGAGCAAUCCUCGCUCGCCUCUCUCACCGUCACCUCUAGUCUGCACCUCCAGGCAGACCCAGAUGAGACGCCUGGACCUUUCUAUGAAGGAGAAUAUCUGAAGAGAAGGGAGUCCCUCCGCAUGGACCUGAAGGGGGCUGUUGACUCGUCUGAGACUCGACAUCGCGAUGACUCUGGCGUUCGCGAUCAGAUUGAUGUGACCCUGGAGUACCUGGUGGCAACAAUGAUGCCAGAUUCCGGCCUCGAGGAAGGACGGCCUCACGCUUUCUCUAACUUGGUGGACCUCCUGGGCCGUCUCCGCACAGAAGGAGACCUCAACAACCUGUGGGAAACCCACUGGCAUCGGGAUAAUUACAGAGAGUUCCUGCUGGACGCCAUCCUGCUCUGCGAAGGACCGCACUGCUUCCGUCUCGUGACUGACCUGGCGAAGGACCCAAAGAACCUCUUCGACUCACGGCUCAGGGCUUGGCUUGCAGGAAUUCACUUCCACGCUAACUCCGACCCUGAAUCCAUCCAGUAUCUCAUGGAAUUGGCGCGCAUCAAGCCCUCCAUGGAGGACGAAAUUGUAACGGCAGCCUCGAGCGUGGUGCACCGUCUGUGUCAGCAAAAUCGUGAAAACGAGUGCCAGGGGGCUAAGCCAUUCCUAGAGUACGCACAGGAAAAGAUUGGAAGCAAGUGUGGGUAUGGAGAGGACAGGCAGCGUCAGAACAAAGUGAAGGUCAUGCUGCGGGCACUUGGCAACGCAGGGGUACUUCCUUAUGACGGCUUCCCCGAUAUGUGCUACCUGAACAAAAUGCAUAACAGCGAGCUGCGUGUCACUGCCCUGCGAACGUACAGGCGAAGCGGAUGCCCCGCUACAGAGGCUCCAUGGAAGAUCCUGGAAGACAGUCAAGAUGAUGUCGAGGUUCGGUUAGCAGCUUACCUCGCCAUGAUUCCCUGCGCCACUGGAACACCUGGAUUUUUCACCAGAAUCCAUCAGCUUCUGGAGCGCGAAGAGGUCAAUCAAGUCGGGUCUUUCAUCUGGACUCACGUGCGCAACCUGGCGGAGCAGCCAGGGCCCAGCAGCGGCGAGCAGGAGCUGGCCAAGCUGGCGGCUCAGCUCACUUUCAACUCCAAGUUCAACACCAACGCUUUCCGCUCGUCUCGCAACUACCGCUACGCCCAGUUCAGCCGACUAAUAAAUAUCGGCGGAUCAGUGGACAGUGACGUCAUCUUCACCCCCGAAUCCUACUUGCCUCGUCACGCGUCCGUCAACCUCACCCUCGACUUCCUGGACAAGUCCUUCAACGUGUUCGAGGUCGGCGGUGACUUCAGCGGCAUGGAGGACUACGUUGAGAGGCUAUUCGGAGAGGGCGGCUACUUCGAAAACCCGGAGAUCCAAGGACUCGUGGAGAACCUGAGGCCGAAGAGGGAGGUGCAGGACGAGAGGAUUGAGGAGUUCCAAAGGAUGUACAAUGAUGCAAGGACUCUUACCGAGGAAGCCGAUCCCGAGGCGCAGGAACCCAAGGCGUCGGUCUUCUUCAGGAUUUUCGGCAACGAGGUCUUCUAUAUGGAAAACCUCCUACAGGCAGACCCCCUACAAGCACUCAGGGAUAUGCUCAGGGAAUUCUCCGUACCUAGGUCUUUCCAGCUACUGAACCAAGAGUAUAUUAGUCCAACUUUACUCGGUUUCCCACUAAGGCUAAGAGUAAAUUCUACUGGCUCCAUCAACUUCAACCGCGAAGGAACCUUCGAAAUCACAGACGACGGCAAUGUGCUCAUUUCGGGGCGCCUGAACCCGACCGCCGUCUUGGCUACGGACGAGACGCUAAUGGUGGACGCCUACGGCUCUGCCAGUGGCAUUCGGCGACGAACUACCCAAGUCGCGCACGCAUCCAUUGGCGGCAAAAUUGAAGUGAAGGACGGCCAGGUUGUUGAUAUCCGCAUAGAUACCUACAAUGCUGAUGUGGCGAAGCUCAGCUCUUCAGUGAAUGUAUUAUUGUACAACAAUUACAAGCAAGUUUGGGAGGGACAGCAAAAUGAUUCUCCUUUUGAGGAGGUAGAAUCGUGUUCUCCCGAGAUGGUGAAUAAUAUUCUAGGUCUGGAGUUCUGUAACACUUGGAGAUAUACCGUCCAGGCUGACGAGGACAAUACGGUGAUCACUGAACCACACGCGAUGGAGAUCACAGUGUCCAAGGCUGACAACUUCGAUCACUACCAGUUCUCCUACACUCGCAAGCGGAACUUGUUCGAAAUCUUGUUUGACACUCCUGGAUCUUCGAUUGACAGGAAAAUCAAUCUGAAUCUUAACCUGAAGUCUAAUCAUGCGCGAGGGUCGCUUACCAUCCCAGGAAGUCGCUUCGAUGUGGAGGGUCAGUAUGAAUACACAUCCGAGAUGAAGAAACUUGCACUCAAGUACAGCAGAGACGCGGCUCUUCGUGGAGAAAUGGAAGUUUCUUUGCAGACAGUAAAAGAAACGGACAACGUAAAAUAUUCGCCCAAAUUCAUGAUGACCAUUACAGACUUCUUUGAUAUCAUUUCCAGCGGGUCUCUUCUAACUGGCCCCAAUGACUUCAUGCUGGAAGGAAGCAUCAUGUCCAGCUUUCAGGAUGAAGCUGCUGCCUUUAAAGCAUUUUGGUCUCGCGAGGGAAGUCAGAACAAAUUAGAAGGCCAAGUAAGCACGGGGCAGUCGUUUGCCUCAACAAGCGGAACUAUCAACACAGAUCCGGGACAUACGGUGGUCCAGCUGUCGUGUGAAUACGGGGCGUCCCGAUCAAACGCUCACUCGAUGUCCCUCUCUCUGGACUCCACGAGCACUGAGACUGCAGAAGGCAGCACGCACACCGGCGCUCUCGUUUUAGAAUCAAGCCAAGCUGAAGUGAGCAUGAAUAUGGACUAUGAUUAUCGCCCGGGAUAUGUCGACACCAACGCAACCAUUACAGUGCGGGGAACAGAAAUGACUUCGCACGUCGGCCUGAAGAAUGUUGCCGAAGGAAACGAGCGAGACUUUAUGGUCAUAGUGAGCUGCACCAGCCAAGACCUCAACAUCGACUACCUCCUCAAGGCUGUCUACAAGAAAUCUGACUACGCCUUACUGGCCGAGUCUGAGGUCAACCUUGGUUUGUUCAUCAACUCGAAGGCGUCCCUCACCUACCUCUUCGAAAGCGACCCCCUGCACCUGCUAGCUGGCCUCCACCUCCAGUUCAACGACUUUGUGAUGCAGGCCAGCCACACCCUUGACUUCAGUCGAUCAAAUCGAGUUGUUAUUCUGCUGACCGGCACCGUUGGACCAGCCUCCGCCGGCUUCCACUUCGAGGGCGAGUACGACCCGUCCUCUCCCUUUAAUGUCUCGCUGGACGUGUUCGGCACUUACGAGGGCCAGCGGGCAGGCGUCGCCUUCAGCGCGGAGUCGGACCAAGCCUGGCGAACCUUCUCCGGCGAUGUGAGGGUAAGUAAAGCCUCCUUUGGCACGCCUGUGCCCUGUUGCCUUCCAUCACAUACAAUGUUGAGUUUACCU